UCUCGAGCUUAAUGUUUGAUUGUGUCCGUUAUAUGCUCUCCAUUACGAUUUCAUGGAGCCGCGUCUCCAUUCUGGGCUAACCGGGCUAACAACGGCCCGUCGGGAGAUUCAAAUGCGUGUCAGUAAUAAUAAUCGCGUGAAACAUAAUGCACGAGUGGGCGUGUAUAGCCGAUUAAGUCCACUGUCACAUAUGUGGAGCCGCAAACGACGAAAGUCGUACAGCAAUAUAUGCUGCUAUGAUGAUGAAGAUAUAAAGAAAUAAUAAACUUUGCUUUAGAUGAUAUGAUUUCUAUCUUCCACUAAACAUCAAGAUGCAUUUUUCUAUACCAGAUACUCAGGAAUUUAUUGACGGUGCUGGGAAUGCAUAUAUUAGUUAUAAUAUUCACAUCAAUGGAUUAUUUCAUUGUACUGUGAGAUAUAAGCAACUGCACAAUUUGCAUGUACAAUUGUGUAAGGAUCUUGACACAUCACUACCUAUAUUUCCUCCAAAGAAACUCUUUCCUUUGACUGUCAGUCAGCAAGAAGAACGACGGCUAGCUUUAGAAAAAUAUAUUCAGUCAAUCGGUCAGAAUAUAGCUGUAAAUAAUUCCGAGAUUCUAAAUGGAUUUUUAUUAAACGCUCAACAAGAGACUAUAGGUGGCCUGUCUCAGAACGAAACUUUAGAUAUAUUCCUUAUGGAUGGAUUUAAAAUUUCGUUAAACGUUUCCACGGAUGAACACUCUGGUGAAGUUUUAAAGAAAAUAUAUAAAGAUAUAAAGUUAGUAGAGAAAUAUUAUUCUCAUUUUGCACUAUUUAUUAUUAUACAAGAUGAAUUGUCUGGUAGUAUCAAAAUAUUGCGAAAAUUACAAGAUUUUGAAUCACCAUUUAUAACAUACAAAUAUAUGAGUUCUAUGGGUGCAGUAAUUGUUCUCAGAAAAAGUUACUGGGAUACAACGUACGAUCUUGAGCUAUUAAACGAUCCAGUGGCUCUGAAUUUACUGUAUGUUCAAACGGCUGCGGAAAUUCGCAGCAAGUGGAUUCCAGUUACCAAGGAAGUGCAGCAUCACUUGGAAAAUUUGCAAAGAUCCGAGAACACGAAAGAAUAUGUGAAUGUAGCACGUUAUUUAAAAUACUAUGGCUACGUACAAUUUGCGCCAUGCUAUUGUGAUUAUCCCCAACAUGGUUCGAGAAUAUUACUUGCUAUAGGUGGAAAUGAAUUGAACUUGCGCGUUUUAUCAUCCGAAGAAGAGCAGGAGUUUGUGUUUAAAGUAUCGCGAAUGCGAUGCUGGCGUAUUAGCACUUUGCAAAACAAAAUGGAGCAUCAAGAAGAUAUUAACGACUGCACCUUGGAGUUAUCCUUUGAAUAUCUAAUUGCUAAAAAUGAAUUACAAUGGAUUACAGUUGUCUCAGAGCAAGCAAUUUUAAUGUCUGUUUGUCUGCAAGCUAUGAUAGAGGAGUUGUUACAAAAAUGUGUGGUUGGGAGCAAAACUCAGGCAGAACAUGGAAAGUCUUGGACAUACAUCACGAGGGACGGCCAGAGUUGCAUCACCAUGGGAUCACCAUUGCGAGAAUACGCUAAUAAUAAUCAUUCUCCUAAAUCGGGACCAAUUAUAAAAAAACUUGCUAACAAAUGGUCAGCUGCGACAUCGAAGAAAUCAGACGAGUCAACUGUUGCUGACAAAAUCCGGACGACGCACACAACAAACUUUGAUGUCAUGGAAAAUAAUGUUUUUCGCACGAUAGGGGAUGAUGAUUUAUAAGUGAAGCGAUUUUUAAAGAAGAUUGAAACGGUAUUUAAAAAACUAAUAAGACACGCCUUAUUUAAAUAAAUUUGAAGAGAUAUAUUUUGAAAUAUUUCACAAAUUAUUGAGAUAUUCUUGAAUUUAAAGUUUAACUAUCGAAACUUACAAAUAAUUGUUGAAUAAUGAGUAUUCAAUAUCUUUUGUAUUAAUAUGUGAUUAAAAUGCAUUUCUAUUUAUUAACUUUGUAUAAAACGUAUUUUAUAUUUUUGUAUAUCGUUCAAUGAUAACAUCAGUAUAACAUAUAUUGAAAAUAAAUUUAGAUAAAAAGUUUGCGUGAUUUGUAGACGCGGGGUUGUACAUGAUGUACUUAAUAACAGGGUUGGCAUUAAUAUUGAAUCAAGCUAAAGAAAAUCAAAUGCGCAUAGUUUGCAUAAUAUUUUAUUAUUGCUAAACAAAAUUAUCGAAAAGGCAGCACGUUAAUAUUUGCUUUAAUUAUCUUAAACAAAACUAUUUAACUAUUUCGCUUUAAUGUUAAAUAGCAAUCAUUCUAUAUGUUAUUACGUUCUAUUAUCAGACUAUAGUUUUUACUAAAUCAUUCACUCGGAAAACAUAUACUUCUGCCUUCAGUCUCUAUAUUUUUCAGCCAAACACUGUAAUAGAUAGUACAAUACACAAUAAAAAUAUAAAAUAAUAUUGUUGUUAUAAAACUGUCAUGAUUAAAUAUGACUACCAGACCACACUUUAAAAUGGAAAAACAAAACAGAUUAUUACGUUGUCCUAUAAAAUACGUAAUUAUAAAUCCUCGUAUGAAAAGUGAUCGCUUAUUAAUAUUAAGUGAGUGAUUGUGUAAAAAAUGCGUUAGUGUGCUCUUUUGUAACAUUUUCGCUAUUACAAAGUUAUUGUUCGCCUUUCUUCUCCAAUUUCAAAACAAAUGACGCAGAAUGUUAAUAGACACACAUAAUAUAAUAAAUUAUACACAUAUUAAACAGAAAAAUUUUACAACAUAAGCAUGAAAUGUUACACAUUUAGCAUGAAUUGUAAAAAUACAAACUUUAUAAAUCUAUAAUUUUACAUAAGUAUGCAAUUUACAAACACAUCUUCGACACAUUGUGUUUUGAGAUGUAUGGCGCAUUAAUCAUAAAAUGAAUCUAAUAAAAUCACUACAAUCUUGAUAUAUUAAAAAAAUCGAACGUACUUAUACAAUUACAUUUAAAUAUGCGAUUUUAAAUUAUUUAAAAGAAUCUCCAAAAAAGCUUACGAUAUAUAUUGCAUUUCAUAUAAAACAAUAUUGGAGAGUAACUUCAUUUGUGGAGCAAUUUAAUUAUUUAUCGCUUGUGAAAUAUUAUUAAUGUUUGCUUUGCAAGGUUUAGCGUUAUGGAGAAUAUAUAUGCCUCAAAUUCGGACCUUAUUUUGCCGACAAUGUGCAUACUUUCUAUAUCAAAAAUAUGUUGUUAUUCUGUAUUAUUACUUUCUAGAAGGAGAAAAUUAAGGUCAGUUGUGGCUAUAGCAGUUAAGUGUCACUAUGUUUCCGCUAUUCGCAAAAUAGCCCAACGUCAGCAAAGAAUUACUCCACUAUGGUUUAUUUUGCCACAUGCGUUAUGGCACAAUACAAAUGUAUCUAUCCUGUAACGAUAUUGCAAAAAAAUAUGCGGUGAAAAAUUUUACUGCUUUUUACACAUGAAAUAAUUAUUGCAAGGCAUUGCCGUGUACGAACUUUUAUACAAUUCUAAAAAUAUCAAUAUGGAAUCUGA